CAGUGUAUUCUCAAAAUGUAUAUCUGCAGCGUUCUAGGCGUUUGAACACACCCCUGUCAAACUUGUAACAGUGGGGUGGAGGACAGCCUAAACUUAAAACUUGAGGAGACGGAGGCAGGGAAGUAGGCUACAAAGUAACAGUUUGGCGGAUGACAUUGACAGCAGAAAAAAAAGGAAAUGUCUUCGGGGUACAAAUCUUGGAUACUGCUUACAGGUUUUAUACUAUUCUAUGUUGCUUAUCUGUUGCUUGGAGCGCUCGUUUUCUCCACCAUCGAACGGCCGGUGGAGGACAAACUAAAAAGUGACAUACACGUCCUGAAAGAAGAGUUUCUCAACCAAAGUUGCGUCAAUGCAACAUCACUUGAAAACUUUUUGGAGAAAGUUUUACAAGCCAAUAAGUAUGGAAUAUCUAUCCUUCCGAAUUCUUCUGCGAGUUCAAAUUGGGACUUGGCUUCCUCUUUGUUCUUCGCCAACACUUUAGUAACGACAGUCGGAUAUGGGCACACUACGCCCCUUUCGGACACGGGCAAAGCCUUCUCCAUCUUCUACGCCCUGCUGGGAGUGCCCUUCACCAUGCUGGUGCUCACCGCCUGCGUCCAAAGGCUCAUGCACCUGGUGACCUACGGGCCCAUCGGCAUGUGCCGCCAGAGGAUCGGCCUGGACCCUCUCGCCGCCACUGCCGUCCACUUUGCCAUACUGCUGCUGUUGGUGGUGCUGGGCUUCUUCGUGGUUCCCGCCGUGGUGUUCAGCCACAUCGAGGACACCUGGUCCUUCCUGGACGCCAUAUACUUCUGCUUCAUCACGCUGUGUACCAUCGGCCUGGGUGACUACGUGCCCGGCGAGAAGCCCGGACAGAAGUUCAGGUCGCUCUAUAAGAUCUCUGUGAUGGUGUACCUGUUUGUAGGGCUGAUGAUGAUGUACCUGGUCCUGCGUACCUUCCACCGGAUGGCCGACCUGCAUGGCCUGACUUCUUUCUUCCAGCUCCCCCAUUGUGACGAGGAUAUAGAGGAGGAUAAGGAGCCCAUCAUCGAGGCCGGCCCUGAGGACCAGCAUGAGGCAGAGGCCUUGGCCAAGCCCCUGGAUCCUGCCUCCCAGACCUCCUAUAACACCAUCAACCGAUAAGGACUCAUUCCACUCUGGCCCGUUCUCCUUUACAUCAGUCAGGUCAAACAGCUAAACAACAGUCACUGUUUUACAGCAACACAGGGAUGAGUUUAAAACCUGACCCUACAUAGGCACCAAAGACUAUCUUUACCGCUGUGAGGCAACUCAGGGCUCAGGUCAGACCUUCCUGCUAUGACAGCUCAACUAAAAUAAAAAGAAACAAAACUCUACAGAUGCAACAGUGCACCCAGUUGACACUUGGCGAGGGUUGUUCGUCAAGGUGGGAAAAGGUUGUUGUUCCAUAACCUGCAGAGAACACUCCUGGUUAGGACUGAUGAGGAUUAUUUAUCACUUUAUGUUGUUGUUUCAGACCAAAAAUAUAUAUAAGUUUAGCAUAGACCGAUAUUUUCUUGUGGAUGUAUUUUCAUGUACCCUUUUGUGGUUUUAGGUCAGGGUUGAUCAAGGAAGGUCAUAUAGAAAUAUCAGAUAUUUCAAAACUAAACAAACUCAUUAUAGUGGCCAUCUUUGAAAUAGUUAGUUGCCCCUCCCCAGUAACUAAGUGAAAAAGCCAUUGCUUGAGACUUUUUCUUGAGUCAUAUGAUGGAGCACAUUCCCAGGACUAGCGUGGGCCUUCCCAGCAUCGUUUGGCUUUGUUUUUGCCUGUGGUAUAACAUGAUCAUGUGUUUCAAAUCAAUUCUAAGUAUAUCAUCUGAAGGAUAACAAUUUUAGGGAACAAAAGGAUUGAAAAUAAAAACCAAGUAUCUGUGUUCUGAUGUGUAGUUGUCUAUUGUUCAAUAUUAGGAUUUGUAGUAAUCAAUUGUUCAACGUUAGGAAGUGUCAUUUCUGCUAUGUGACAGAGCAUGUAUGAAGUUUGUCCAUCUUCAACAAUGUAUGUAGCAACUGACAAUGUAAUAACAGCCAAUAAUGUAAUGGCUGCUAAUAAUGUAAUAACUUUUUCAUUUAUAAUAUAAUAAAUGCUGAUAAUGUAAUAGAUUGCCAAUAAUGUUUAUAACGCUAAUAACGUUUUUGUGCAUAAUGUAAUUAUUACAUUAUGUGUUGAUUAUUACAUUAUGAAGUGGGUAACUUUUAUGAAUGUAAUAAUUUUAACCAAUGUAAUAACAGAAUUACUCAACUAAAUUCACUAUUGUUUUUUCAUGCAUAUCAAGUGUCAUGCUUCAGUAAUAGUGGACUACACACCACACCACAUUCCUGAAUCCUUAUUUGAUAUUACCAAGGGAAUGUAAUUGGACAGUAUAUUAAACCAGUGGACUAAUGUUGCCCGUACUCAUGUUUCCCAGCAGACAUAAACGGGGAGAUCAUGGCAUUUGAAUUCCAACACAUUUAGAUAUGACAACAGUUUGGGAAUGUAUUAUUAUCUGUUAUAUCUACACAAGAACAGAACAUAUGUAAAAUGGCGCCAUGAAGGCAACUUUGUAUACUGGUUGACCUGAAAAAGAAAAGGUGUAACACUUCCAUAUGUGAGGCUCAUGAGGACUGUGAAGGCAGAUAUUGAAAGUAGUGGAAAAAACAGAUUUUGGCCUUGGACCAAUGGGUUAAGGGUGAGUGAGUGUCUGACAUGAGUCUGGUUUCAUCUCUGUAAAGCAAAGUAGCCUGGUCUAUCCUGAGAUGAGGAGUGAAAAUCCUGUUUAAUAUUUUUGUGAUAAUUACAAUUUGUCUAAUCGCAUGACUGAAAGGUGUCUUAAAAUUGAGCAGUUGUUUUUUUCCUCUCUGACGGCACUGGAUGUUUGCAAGGUCAGAAUGGAAGUGCAAUAGUAACCCCCCUUGCAAGUCUGUUGUGGCAAUGGAUGCAAAUGCAAAAUGUUUCUUAAUAUGCAUGCCAUUAAAGAAAGAGUGAUUUUAGGUUAUUACAUUAUUGGUUUAACUUAUUACACUAUUGAUGUCUGGAGCGUAUAUUGAGAUAUUUAAUUAAAUAGUGAUCCAUUCUGACUACUACACUGAACAAAACUAUAAACGUAACAUGUACCGUGUUGGACCCAUGUUUCAUGAGCUGAAAUAAAAGAUCCCAGAAAUGUU